AUGGCAUCGUAUAAUGAAACUUCAGUGAAAUCAUACAUGGACGCCAUGCUGCCCAUGAUGGCUAGUUUGUCUGCGGUUGCAUCUGCAGCCAGUUCUGCGCAGUCCAAGAUAAAGACCUCUGGUAUCGAUAAUGAACCUGCCAGGACAACAGCAAUAAGCAACAUAUUACCAAAGUUUGAUCAAAUCUCUUAUGAAAAGUUUAAGCAGCUGCUUCGAAGCUCGCAGAAUACAGCAGAGGUUGCUGUAAAUCGAAUCAAAAAGGAAUGUAAUAGAAUAUCGGUUGCACGCGGGCAAGAUGAGGAUGAUACUUUUAAUUUGGUUAAGUCACUGGUAGAAGACUCCACGAGCGAUGAGCAAUUGCAGUCACUACUCUUUGAUAUUUUGGGUUUUGAAGAGUUUGACUUGAUUGCAAGCAUUGUACAAAACAAGCAGGCAUUAUCAACACAUCAAGCACAACUCCAUCAACUUCUUUCUGCCAAAGAUAGGGCACAAUUACUUAUUGAUAAUCACGAGAAAACCAAAAGACAAGCAAUAUUGCCAAAAUCAGCCAAUCCCAAAUAUCCUCAUGUUUACAAAAAUCAAGAUACGGUGAAUUUGGCAGCAGUCACCGGUGGAAAGUAUGCAUUGCCAAAGGGAAGCGUUCGAAACUCUUUCCCAACUUAUGAGGAGCUUUUGAUACCGAUUCUGGAGCAACUGCCGAAUAAAUGGAUCAAACAGAAUCAACUUGUCCGAAUCAAAGAUUUGGAUUUCUUAUGCCGCGGCACUUUUAAAAAUUAUGACACGUUGAACAAGGUUCAGAGUCUUGUGUUUCCAGUAGCCUACAAUACCAAUGAAAAUAUGUUGAUUUGUGCACCUACGGGUGCGGGAAAGACCGAUGUGGCAUUGUUGACGAUAUUGCACACGAUAAGUAAAUUUGUUACGGAAACAACGGGUGAAGGCGGCGAAAUAACAAUUGAUAUCAAUUACGACGAGUUUAAAAUUAUAUACGUUGCACCAUUGAAAGCGCUUGCAGCGGAAAUUGUGGAAAAAUACUCCAAAAAAUUGAAAUGGUUGGGCAUUAAAGUGCGCGAAUUGACUGGUGAUAUGCAAUUAACUCGACAAGAGAUUAUAUCAACCCAGAUCAUUGUCACGACUCCAGAGAAAUGGGAUGUAGUUACUAGAAAGCUGACAGGUGAUAAUGAAUUGGUAGCUAAAGUCAAGUUGCUUAUAAUUGAUGAAGUGCAUCUUUUGCACGAAGAAAGAGGUGCAGUUAUUGAAACAUUGGUGGCACGGACGUUGAGACAAGUGGAGAGCACGCAGCUGAUGAUUCGAGUUGUUGGUUUAUCAGCAACACUUCCCAACUUUAUGGAUGUGGCAGAUUUCCUUGGUGUUAAUAGGGGAGUAGGGAUGUUUUAUUUUGACCAAUCUUUUAGACCUAUUCCUUUGGAGCAACAAGUAGUUGGAGUAAGAGGCAAAGCAGGGUCCAAGCUUGCGAGAGAAAAUCUCAAUAAGCUUUCAUAUCAAAAGUUGUCCGAAUACAUAAGCCAGGAUUUGCAAGUGAUGAUAUUUGUGCAUUCCAGAAAAGAGACUGUGAAUACUGCACGGGCGUUUAUUCUGAUGGCACAAGAGCACAAUGAACUUGACUUGUUUGAUUGUUCAGAAAAUGAAAGUUUUGAAAAAUACAAGAGGGAAAUGUCGCACAAGAAUAGAAGCAAAGAAUUGCGAGAGCUUUUCCCUUUUGGUUUUGGUACCCAUCAUGCCGGUAUGCUUCGAAGCGAUAGAAACUUGGUGGAAAAGAUGUUUGAAAGUGGUGCAAUAAGGGUGCUUUGCUGUACAUCUACCUUGGCAUGGGGUGUUAACUUACCAGCUGCAGUCGUUAUUAUCAAAGGAACCCAAGUGUAUACAUCCAAAGAAGGUGGCUACUCUGAUUUAGGUAUAUCCGAUGUGCUCCAAAUCUUUGGACGUGCUGGCCGUCCACAAUUUGAAAAGUUUGGUGUAGGUGUUUUGUGUACAACUAGUGACAGGAUGGAUCAUUACAUUUCGUUGUUGACCCAACAGCACCCUAUCGAGUCCAGAUUAAAGGACAAAAUCACUGAUAAUCUUAAUGCUGAAAUCUCACUUGGUACGGUGACGAAUGUUGAUGAAGGGGUGCAGUGGCUUGGAUACACUUAUAUGAUUACAAGGAUGAAGAAAAACCCAUUUGCUUAUGGUUUGAGUUGGCAAGAGCUUCAAGAAGAUCCAUACUUGAUAAAUAAACGAAGGGACAUGAUUAUAGUUUCUGCGAAAAGACUACACAAUUUGCAAAUGAUUGUAUUUGAUGAGCAAUCAGGUUCAUUCACACCAAAAGAUUUAGGCCGUAUAGCUUCAGAUUUCUAUUUGCUAAGUAACUCAGUGGAGAUCUUUAAUCAAAUGACAAAUCCUUUGGCGAACCAGGCAGAUAUUUUGUCAAUGAUUAGUAUGAGCAGUGAGUUUGACAGCAUCAAGUUUAGAGAAGAAGAAUCAAAGGAGUUGGAGAAAUUGCGUGAAGAAGCAUCUCCUUGCCAAAUCUCAGGAGAUUUGAAUUCCUCACCGGGAAAGACAAAUAUUUUGCUACAAGGUUUUGUUUCUCGAGCAACUGUGUUUGAAGCGGCGCUUGUAUCAGAUUCCCAAUACGUGGCGCAAAAUGCUGCAAGAAUCUGUAGAGCAUUAUUUCUCAUUGCUAUUAAUAGGCGAUGGGGUAAGUUGAUGGAGAUUAUGCUUGAUCUUUGCAAGUCAAUUGACAAACGGUUGUGGUCUUUUGAACACCCAAUGUGUCAGUUUGAAUUGUCAGAGCCAGUGUUGCGGAAUAUUCGAGGUAAAAAUCUUUCAAUGGAAAGUUUGCGCUACAUGGAUUCAUCCGAGUUGGGUGAUCUCGUACACAAUCAUCUGAUGGGGUCUACCUUGUACAAAUUGGUUCACAAGUUUCCAUACAUUGAGAUUUUCUCUGAGAUCUUCCCUAUAACGACCAAUGUUAUGAGGGUGCAUGUGGAACUCGAACCUGAUUUUGUAUGGGACGAAAAGUAUCAUGGUCAAGCACAAUACUUUUGGCUAACUGUUGAAGAAUCAGACAAGUUUGAGAUUUUGCAUGUGGAGAAAUUCAUUUUGAAUAAACGACUGCUCAAGCACCCGCACGAAAUGGAUUUCAUGAUUCCAUUAUCGGAUCCAUUGCCAUCGCAAAUUAUUGUUAAAGUUGUUUCUGAGCAAUGGAUUGGAUGUGAGACAGUGCACCCGGUCUCAUUUCAGCACUUGAUUAGACCACAAAAUGAAACCAUGACUACCGAAUUGCUUCGACUUCUGCCGUUGCCUGUGACUGCUUUGCAUAAUGCUGAAAUUGAACGUAUUUACUCAAGCAGGUUCAAGUAUUUCAAUCCUAUGCAAACUAUGGUUUUCCAUACUCUUUACAACACAAACGAAAGUGCAUUUGUCGGUUCGCCAACAGGGUCGGGAAAAACGAUUGUGGCUGAGUUGGCGAUUUGGCAUGCUUUUAAAGAGUUUCCAAAAUCAAAGGUUGUUUAUAUCGCACCCAUGAAGGCAUUGGUUCGUGAAAGAGUUGAUGAUUGGCGAAAGCGAAUCUCUAAGCAUACUUCACACAAGCUUGUAGAGUUGACAGGAGAUUCUUUACCAAGCACACAUGAGGUGAAAGAGGCUGAUAUUAUUGUAACGACACCUGAAAAAUUUGAUGGUAUUUCUCGUAACUGGCAGACUAGGAAAUUUGUUCAGCAGGUAUCUUUGGUGAUUAUGGAUGAAAUUCAUCUUUUGGCUAGUGACCGUGGUCCAAUCUUGGAAAUGAUUGUUAGCCGUAUGAACCACAUUGGAGACCAGCUCAAGAGACCCGUAAGAUUAUUGGGUAUGUCCACUGCCGUGUCCAAUGCGUUUGAUAUGGCAGGGUGGUUAGGUGUUCGCAAUGGACUUUUCAAUUUUUCUUCAUCGGUUAGACCGGUGCCUUUGCAAAUGUAUAUUGAUGGGUUCCCAGAUAAUUUGGCAUUUUGUCCCUUGAUGAAAACAAUGAACAAACCGGCAUUUAUGGCGAUAAAGCAGCAUUCCCCUGAUAAACCGGUGUUGAUUUUUGUUGCUUCUCGUCGACAAACGCGAUUAACCGCAUUGGAUUUAAUUCAUCUCUGUGGAAUGGAGGCUGACCCAAGAAGAUUUUUGAAGAUGCCAGAUGACGAGCUUCGCGAAGUAUUAGAGCAAGUGAAGGAUGAGACUUUGAAAUUAUCCUUGCAAUUUGGUAUGGGUUUGCAUCAUGCAGGUUUGGUAGAAUCCGAUCGACAAAUAUCGCACAAGUUAUUUGAAGCGGGCAAGAUACAAAUAUUAGUUGCCACCUCUACUCUUGCGUGGGGUGUGAACCUUCCUGCACAUUUGGUGAUUAUAAAAGGUACGCAGUUUUUUGAUGCGAAAAUUGAAGGUUACAGGGACAUGGAUUUGACCGAUAUUUUGCAAAUGAUGGGAAGAGCAGGUAGACCUGCGUUCGAUACCAGUGGUAUUGCUAUUGUAUACACAAAGGAGUCCAAGAAGGUUUUUUACAAACACUUUUUGAACUUGGGAUUCCCAGUUGAAUCCUCUUUGCAUAAAGUUUUGGAUAAUCACAUUGGUGCUGAAAUUGCAGCCGGUACCAUUACCACCCGAGAUGAGGCGAUGGACUUUAUGACAUGGACUUUCUUGUACAGAAGAGCGCACAACAAUCCAACUUAUUAUGGCAUUGAAGAUUUGUCUCAGUAUGGAAUUUCGAAAUAUUUGGCAGGCCUUAUUGACCUGGCCAUUGAUAAUUUGAUUGAGUCAAGUUGUGUUACCACCGCGGGAACCAAUUCUUUAUAUGCAACGCCAUUUUUGCAAAUAUCCUCCUACUACUAUUUGUCUCAUAUGACGAUGCGUAACUUUGUGAAAAAGAUUGCGCCAAACUUUGACUUUAGAAGAUCGUUGAUGUUGCUAUGCGAGGCUGCUGAGUAUGAUGAAUUGCCAACUCGUCAUGGAGAAGAGUUGAUCAAUAUGGAAAUGUCGCUUGCCAUGAGAUACAAGGCAGAGGAUCUCGAGAAAGAGUUUAUAUGGGAUCCACAUGUGAAGGCAUACUUGUUGCUUCAGGCAUUUAUGAGCAGAUUUGAUUUACCGAUUGCCGAUUAUGCACAAGACACGGUCUCUGUGCUCGACCAAGCUUUGCGUAUAUUGCAAGCUUAUAUCGAUGCUGCAGCAGAAAUGGGAUUUUUGCAACCCGUAUUGUGCUUUAUACAAUUGAUGCAGUGUCUUAAGCAGAAAUGUUGGUAUGACGAUGACCCCGUGACUACAUUACCGGGCUUGACGUUGACACCAAGAAAGAGCAAGAAAUCGGGUCAGGUGACAUUAAAAGAUUUGGGUCAUAUGAGCCGUGGAAAGUUGUUUCAGUAUGCUGAGCGUAUGGGACUUCAUGGAGGUGCACCCAUUACUCGUGAUGGCCACGAAGUUAUUUCUAAUGACACCGAUAUAGUGAAACAAUUUGUCAAAGUCGCAACGCAUUUGCCUACUGGUGACUUAAACAUAAGUCAAGAAGUGCAAGAUGUGUGUCGCGUAAGUCUUCGAAAUGGUAAUGCGCCAAUGAAUAAUGAAUUCAGGAUGUAUUGUCCGCAAUUUCCAAAAGCACAGAAAGAGUCAUGGUUUAUUAUAAUCCAUGAUGGCACAGAGUUGAAACUACUUAAACGUGCUGCCCCAAGCAUGAAAGGAUCCAAGCGUGUUGUUGAAUGUGAUUUGGAUAUUGACGACGACUUGUUUGGCCAAGAAGUAGUUAUCUCAGUUAUCAAUGACAGCAUUGAUAUUAGAUACGACUACGAAACAAAAUUAUUAUAG